AUGACGAUGGACCCGAAUGUGAAGCGGGUCGAUCUCGACUCGACAUAUAACGUCUACAAGCAGCUAGGCACGGGGCGAUUCGGCUACAUUAAGCUGGCCGAGCACAAGGAAUCAAAACAGAAAAUUGCUAUCAAAUUUUUCCCAAGACCGCAGACAAAGCAGUCGGAAUUCGUACGCGAGUAUAACUACUCCUACUUCCUCUCCCCUCACUACAACAUUGUCGACACGUAUGAGGGGAUUAUGCAGACGAGCGACGAGACGGCGUUUUUCUUCGUGCAAGAAUUCUGCGCCACCGGUUCGUUGCGCGAUGCGGUGGAGGCGAAUCCAAAUGGAAUCGGCGAAGUAGCGACACGCUCGGUCAUGUCCGGUGUACUAGCAGCCAUCGAAUAUAUGCACCUCGAAGGACUUGUCCACCGUAACCUAAAAGCCGAAAAUAUCCUCAUUUUCGACAAUAAAAACUACACCAAGGUCAAAGUCACUGACUUCGGUUUAACCCGAAAGGUCGAUUCAACGGUGAAGUAUCUUGAAUACGUCAAUCAAUAUCAUGCACCGGAACUGUGUGAGACUGUUGCCAAUGAAAUGCUGACAGUCGCCACUUCCAUUGAUAUUUGGGCCCUAGGUGUUAUCGUCUACUAUGCAUUGAAGGGCAAAUUCCCAUGGCAGAAGGCAUCAAUCAUGUGCAAGCCGUACUGGGAAUGGGAGCAAUGGCUCAAGAGAAAGAAUCCAGCCCUUCCUAAGAAAAUGACAGCCUUCACCGAAAAAGGCAUCAAAUUAUUCAAAAAAACCUUUGCCACUCGACCGAAAGAUCGUUGGACGGCCAAAGAACUACGAAAAUGGGUGACCAAGGAAAAGCUACUGAACAAAGUCAAGGCCGACUCACCCGAAGACUACGUAUACUACCCCGAGGUGACAGAUCAUGAUCGGGACAACAGCGCCAAAGAAUCCCGCUCAUCUGACGGCAAUGUCAAACCGGAAGGCCAAAAGAAACAGCGAUCUGCCCUCCAUCAAUGGAUCAAUUCAACCCUAAAUACGAUGGCUGAGAUUAGUGAACAAGUUGUGUCGGCCCACGAU